UGGAAGAUGUUUCCAGGAUUUUCUUUGUUUAAUCUCCAGAAGUGAAGCCACAGAUCAGCUGAUUGACCUUCAUGCAGGAGUUUAAGAGGAUCUUUGAGUUCUUUAGUGCAGAAACAGAUUUUAAAGUUAAACCUGAUGAACAAACAAAAACAGACGAUAAAUCAGGAUGAAGGAGUUCAGAGAGCAGCUUCCAUAAAAACAACAGGUCGAAUGUUAAGUUUACUCUGAUUCUCUGGUGGAGGAUCUACAGACUAUCUGAGGUCUUAGAGAGGAAUGAAGACAACAAAACAACUGAGACUGAAAAUGUUUAUCUGUGGUUUUCAAACAAACAUGAAAUCUCCAUAAGUAAGAAAACAAAAACAGGAAGAGAAAAAAAAACUUUCAAUCCAGUUGGCAGAGCUGCUUUCUGAACAGAGCAGGACCCGCCUCCCAGUUCAAACUGGCCAAUCAGGACGCAGCUGUUACCCAGCUGCUCAGUGAACCAAUCAGAGAGCAGCUCUGCAGGUGUGUUUCCUCUGUCAGCUCCAGAACCCAGAACCAGACGGAAGACGUUCAGAUGAUUUUAUGAGAUUGUUGAUUUAAUAUAAACUGAAAUUUAAGAUUCAAUUUUCAGUUUAGCUGCAGUAAUAAAUAAACUCAACAAACAAACAUCUUUACAACGGUUCCUUCACAACACUCACUGAUUCUUUGAUUCUGAUUCUCUGAUUGAUUCUGAUGGAUUCUUUGAUUCUCAGAUUCUCUGUCUGGUUCUCUGAUUUUCUGACUGAUUCUGUGACUGAUUCUCUAGUUAUCCGAUUCUCUGACUGAUCCUUUAAUUCUCUGACUGAUAAUUGGAAUCUCUUACUGAUUUUCUGAUUCUCCAACUGAUUCUUUGGAUCUCUAACUGAUUCUCUGUCCUAUUCUUUGAUUCUCUGACUGAUUCUUUGAUACUCGGACUGAUUCUUUGAUUCUUAGACUGAUUCUUUGAUUCUCUGACUGAUUCUUUGAUUCUCUGACUGAUUCUUUGAUUCUCUGACUGAUUCUUUGAUACUCUGAUUCUUUGAUUCUUUCUCUCCCUCUGAUCAUUUCUGACCGUGGGUCGGUUUCUCUUUAGAUGAGCAGCUGAUGGAUUCAGAGCAGGCUUCAGAUUACAUUACAUAAAAACAGAAGAUCUUCUCUGAGAGUCCAGGAGGAAUCAGAGAUGGAGGUGAGGAGAGUUCAGAGGUUUUUGCUCUGGUUCUUCCGGAUCCUUUCUGUCCUCAUGUGACUCUUCAUGUUUGAACCUGAUGGAAGCUUCGAACGUUCCAUUCCUGAGAGGUGAGAACGUUCUGGUUCUACUUUAUUUAUCAGAAACCUAAAACAAUCAGCACAAAGUCAGAUUGUAAAGCUGACCUAAAGCUGCAAAAAUGAGGAAAACGGCAUCAGAAAAAAUAAACUAAACGAUCCGUUCGUCUUCAGAAAUUUUUUUUUCUAUGUUCUUGUUUAUCGGUUGUUCUGUCGUCUGUUUCAGAACCUCAGUUCGUCCUCCGCAGAGCUGAAGAUGAGCAGCAACAGAAUCUGAACCAAUAAACUCCAAUCUUCCUUUAAAGCUGCAACGCUGCUUUUAAGCUCCUCGUUCUCUUAAUCUGGAUUUUCUAAAGGAGCUUCUGCUGUUGUUUUCUGAGCUUUAAAAGAACAGAGAUUAAAAAUCAAUCUUCAGGAGGAAACAUCACUUCUGUUCUCCUGAUCCACAUCAGUUAGCGGGCUGGGUUCUGAGUGUUCGGCUGCACGAGGUUCUGUCUGGUUCUGCUGGAGUUUAUCUGGUUCUGUAGGAGUUUAACUCUGGUUCUACAGGUUUUUCUCUCUGGUGUUCUGCAGGAGUUUCUGUUUGCUUCUAUAGCAGUUCCUGUCUGGUUCUGCAGGAGUUCCUCUGCUCUCGGUUCUGUUCUGGAUCAUUGAUGGGACAUGAUGGGUCUCAGCGGGGCUCCUGGUUCGUCCCGUCGUCCGUCCAGCUGCUGUUCGUCUCCAGAUUGUCUCCGUCUGCAGACGUCGCUGUCGCCGUCUUCCUCAUCUUCACAGCCGUGGCCUCGGUUCUGGGGAACGGCCUGGUUCUGUUGGUGUUCUGCAGGAGGAGGAAGAAGUUGAGGCCUCCAGAGCUGCUCAUCAUCAACCUGGCUCUGUGUGACUUUGGCUUCAGCCUGCUCGGAUCUCCGUUCUUCAUCAUCUCCAGCCUGUGCCACGCCUGGAUGUUCGGGGAGGCCGGCUGCCUCUGGUACGGCGUCCAGGGCUUCGUGUUCGGAAUCGGCUCUCUGAUCACCACCUGCCUGAUCUCUGUGGACCGCUGCCUGAAGAUCUGCUGCCUCCGAUACGGUCAGUGGAUCGAGCGGCGCCACGUGUUUUGGUCCAUUGCUGUGGUCUGGUUCUACGCAUCGUUCUGGGCCACCCUGCCGGUCUUUGGCUUCGGAAGUUAUGGACCAGAACCUUACGGGCUGAGCUGCACCAUCAACUGGUGGAGCCUCAGAUCUUCUGAGAACGACAGGAUCUACAUCAUCCUCAUCCUCACGCUGUGCUUCGGGUUCCCAACGUUCACCAUCAUCUCCUCGUAUCUGUUCAUCCUGCUGACGGUGCUCAGAUCUAACCGAACUUUAGCCUCCAUUCCUUCCUCCUUCGUCAGUAACUCCAGCAAAGACCUGAGACUUGCAAAGAUGGCGGCGGUGGUUUGCUCCACCUUCCUGCUGGCCUGGUUGCCCUACGCCACCGUGUCCCUGAUCUCCGCCCUCAGAGAGGCUGAGUCCUCCAUGGAGGAACCUUCAGGAUCUGCAGUAGCUGCAGACAUCCUGGACUCCUCCUCGCUGCUGAACUGGACCAGAGCAGAGUUCUACAUACGGGUUCUCCACAGUCCUGAGGACAGAAUAGAACCCAGUCCACCCCUCGGUACCAGGCCCGUCUCCAGCCUGCCCCCGGUGGUCACCCUGAUCCCCGCCAUGUUGGCCAAGUCCCACUGCAUGAUCAACCCUCUGAUCUACCAGGUCAUGAACCGCGAGUUCAGGGAGGACGUCUACGCCAUGGUGUUCGGCCGAGAGAAGGCCGACAGGAGACGAGCGCAGAGCAGGAGGGGGAGUUUAUAUGAACGGACCGUCAGCCUCUCGUACUGCCAGAGCUGGAGCAGACGGAGCACUCCCGUAUCUCUGUCUGGGGACAGAAAGAACCAAAACCUGAAGAGACUCCAGAACAGAAGCAGCGAUGGAAGAACAAAGUCCGGGAACAUCUCAGAAGGAGCUGAUGUUCUGGACGUUGUCACUUUGGACACUCGAGGGAACAUGAAGAGACACAGCAGUGCAGACGGACUGAAGGCUAGCAGAGAUCUGAGAGGUUCCACAUCCAGCAUCCUCACUGUCUGAAAGCUGUUUUCAUCUUCAUUAUCUCUAACCAGGUGUUCUCCAUUUACCUGAACUUUCAGUGCUCCUCAGAAACCAUCACAGCUUGGACUUCAACACCAAUAAGAAAGAUUCAUUCUCCCGGGAAAUGUCUUCCAUUUAAAGCUUUUCAACACUGAAUCACUGUCAAUUUAAUCUGGCAAGAAUUUACAAAAAACAAGACUUGGUGGAGGCCACCAAGACAUCCAUGAGUCCUCUGAAGGAGUUCCAAGAAAGAGACAAAUGAAGGAGGCCACCAA